GGCAGUGUAAGAGAAAAAGAGGAGACAGUGACACCAACCGUCCGUCAAGCGUUUAAGGAUGCACAAAUAUGUGGAACUGAACGUAAACGACCACAUGGUGAGUGGUGGGGGAAAGCCAUAAGCUUUCAGGAAAGGACCCCUAGCAGACAAUCCGGGUCACGGGUUCUGCUGUCACAGUCAUAUGAUACAAUGAAGAUGGCUUCUUUCAAGAUGUACUUAACUGCUAUUCUAGCUUGUAUUUUAGGAACAAUAUUUUCAACUAAUGCACAUUCUCAUGUGCCUGUGUUAUUAUGGCAAUCACACAACGGCGCUGAGAGUGAGCUCAAUCCACCAGCUUUAUCCAGAAUGAAUGUGGAAGAAUUCGCUGAUGUUUUGAUGCGGCGGGUAGAGGCGGAUCACAAUCCUGUGGUUGUUCUUUUCGUGGAAGACACUCUGAGUAUUGAAGAUUUUAGCAGACAGAGCUCUGGCCGUAGCUCUCUCUUUCCCGCAUUGCAAACCAUCAAGGGAGAUGUGAAACUUGAGUUUAUUCCUUCUGUCCAAACCCCAGUCAAGGCACUCAACAGGCUCUCCAAGCUGGGUUACAAGUGGGAGCAAAUUAAUGGGGAAGUGCUACCUGAAGCCAAUAAGAAAAUUCUUAUUGUAAAUUUGAGUGACUUGAAAGUCAAAGAAGACAGACCAUCUAUGCUGCUGCAACAUGAUAAGUAUAUGACGUCUUUGUACAAGCGCAUGGUAACCGUUUACCCAAACAUUUUGGCUGUCUACACUGGACGGCAUUCAUCAUGGACUGCACCUGAAUCUCGUGUGAGACGUGAUGUUGAGCCUACAAGUUCCCCUGCUACCAGCUGCAAUGUAAUUCUGACCUCUUCAGGAACUGCUGAUCAAAUAAUGCUUUACACAUCUGAAUGCCCAGUUCUUACAAUCAACAACACCAGCUUCAACCUCACUUCAGGAGAGGCUCUUAGUCCUGAUACUCGAAAGGAAAGCCAAAGAAUGAUUUUAAGGUACAAGCUCGGGAACUCUUCCGAUAAAGUAACUGUUCGUUUCCGUUUCAAUUUUACUGAUGAUGGCUAUUGGCAACUAACUCAGGCUGAGUAUGAAAAUUCAAAUGCUCAGAAAUAUUUGCUGGAGCCCAAGUCCACUAUCCGUGCGGCACUUAAUAACUCCUACAAUUGUGGUAGUGUCGCAUUAUUUCAAAAUACUGACAAAUCGCAGGGUAAUGUAACCUUGUGGUUGAAGAAUAUCAAGGUUCAACCAAGUGUUCAAGGUGGUAAAUUUUCAGCUUCAGAGGAUUGUGUUCCAUACUUCACUAUCCCAAUAUGGUCUGGUUUAUUUGUGACCUUCCUACUUCUUUUUAUUGUUGCUUGGGGAAUCGACAUGAUGAUGAGCAUCCAUACAAUGGAUCGCUUUGAUGACCCUAAGGGCAAGCCUUUAGUUUUCAAUGCUCAGGAAUAACAGAACAAUGUCAGAAAAGAAACCUAGAUGUUCUGGCAGGUUUCUUUUUUUCAUGUGAAAAGGAAACCUACCCAACAUCAAUUUUAAUGAAUAAUUAGGUCAGGUAGUGAAGGUCUUGCAGGUCUUUUCCAACUACAGUAUAGCCUGAAGAAACUAAAUGCUGUCCCACCCUUUUAGUAAGGCACAAAACUCAAGCAAGUUUACAGCUAAUUUGUGCCAAGAAAUUUGUAGAUAAUCAAGCUAAUGUGAAAAUCUUGUUUUUGUACAGAACAUUCCAUCUAAAUGUGUCCUUAAAAUAUCAUGAAUCUAGUCUGAGAAAAUGUGAAGAAUUAAGAAAACCUACAUGUAAAAAUUCUUUUAGUCAAGCAUCACUUUGAACAUUGUUGUUCUGCCGUUUAUAUAUUUUAUCUAAGAUGGAAUUUGAUUUAUAGGAAAAAAAUUGUUUUUAAAGGGUUGCAUUUAUUUGUGUUCUUUUAAUUUUGCUAUCAUGAAAAUGCAGUAGAACUUGACUAGUAAAUGAAUCAUGUGGUUGUGUGUGUACCGGGUGUAACUGAGAAUGCGCAACAGUGUUGCGGGAUUGCAUACCCGCCAGGGCUGCAGGGGCCAUGGCGCCUUACGGGCUAACUGGGUAGGCAAACCCGCAACACUGUUGCGCAUUCUCAGUUACACCCGGUACAUGUAGUAUCUCAUUCAUUUAGUUUCCUAGUGUUCCAUCAGUAUUGUUCUACAACCCCAUGAAAAGAAAUUCUUUUACUUUACAGCAGUAUUUUUUAAAAGUCAGUAGUUCUAACAAUGUUUAGUAAUCUGCUGCUGGUGAUGACAACUGGAUCAAUGUAAGGUGCAGCAGAAACCUAUCUCCAGGACAUGAUCACUCAUGCCUGCACAUCCAACAUUCUCAGGUUUUAUUCUUGAACGCACAAUUAAUGUAAUUGAAGCACUUUUUUUCCUAUUAUUGUUACAAUGGUGCUAAAUUAAGUACCUUUUCAAAAAAAAAUACAGGCUCUUUGAUUGCAGAUAUGUAACCAAAUUUUUGUAAUCUAUUUAAUCAACACUGCUAGUUGAUUGUUCUUGUUUUCAUUAAUUUUUUUUUUGCAAAAACAAUUUUGUAACUUCUGAAUGCUAGCUACCUAAGAGUUUUGGCUUCAGUGCAUUUUUCUGCAUAUUGUGAUUUACAAGUGCUGUUUAUUGUACUGUCAUGUCUGUACAUUUUUAAUGAUGUCUUCUUGUAUCUAUAUUUUUGUGAAUGUUUUCCAUUGUUUUAAAUCUUCAUCUAUUUUGAUACAUAAGAGCAAGAGAUUUUUCUUUGACAACUAUCUAAAGGUACCCUUUUUCCUCAACAAAUGUACUUUUAUUCAUUUAAGGUCAGUAUCUUUGGUAGAAUAAUCUUAAACGUGUUUCAAAUGUUUCAUCUGAUGUCAUAAAUUUCUCUAUGAAAUUAUUUAUUGACUUCACCUCAUGCCCUCUUUUAUCUUACUAAUAUUCUACUUUCAAUUUUCAUCCAAGUACAUUGUUGCUAUGUCUGAAACAUUAAUAGUUUAACUUUUGCGACUUUUCCUGUUUUGGUCAGAGAUUGGAGCUCUUAUCAGCUAAGCGAUGCAUAGAUGAAGAACAAUUUUUUUGGUCCGGACAAUUUUCUGUCCAUUAGAAAAAACUUCUCUGUAUUAAUUUUGUGUACUGCAAUGUCAUCAAAGUAAAACUUUUCCCUUGUGCAGUUUCCUAGUCCACAGGUGUGACAGUUUACUGUAAAUCUGUAAUUCUGUUUGACAUGUGACCAUCUUUAUGUCUGGAAUUGCUUAUGUGCCAAACCUAAAGUGGACAUAGGGAUUUUCAAAUAUUUGAAAUACUGUAUCUACUUUUAAAAAAAAAAAAAUAGUUUUCUGGCAGUUGAUGUAAAGGAACUGAUAGGUAAUGGUACUAAAGGUGUCGAAAAGAUGUAGCAAAUCUUACCAGAGAAUAUAGGUUUCAAUUUAAUUUUGUUUUAAGCUAAUUUCUGCUUGGUAUGUCUCUGCUCUUUUUUAAAACAUUUCACCAAAAGCCAGAAAUUUUCCCAUUAGGUACAGCCUUAUCUACCUUGGGACACUUCUUCAUGCAUAUAUGUUUGAAGCUUAAGUACUUCUGUGCUUCCACUGUGUUUUGAGGUUGUUUUUAAAAUUAACUUAGCUCUUUGUGAAGGAGUGUCCCCUUGCAAGUACUUGGACUGGUUGCACUCAGUUAAGAGAGAUUGAUUUGUUUUAUUUCUGUCCCUUUUCUUUCAUGUCAAGUGAUUCCCAUUUAUUGUGAUUCCCAUUUAUUUCUUGCACAGCAUUGGGCAUAACAUAUCAAAGUGGUGAAAAUAACUUAGGCUUGUUGUUUAAAAUUCAUCAAAUAUAUUAACUUCAAAGACAUAUCUUCAACAGUCUGAUGAUGUUUAAAAGUUCAGUUUUUAAAUGAACUGAAACUUUAUAAGGCUUAUAUUUAUGACCUUGUCUUUAGACUUACCGCUUAAACAUAUCAUAUUAUCAUAACAUAUCAGUAAAUUAAGAUUGUCUUUUAAAAAAUCAAUUUCAUUUUAUUAUCUAAAAUUAUAAAAUUUUCAAAACACACAAGUUUGUUCCUCUUUAUGCACUCUUCUCCUCAAGCUGCACUGUACUGAAUGUUAUGCAUAAGUAAAAGAAAGUAAUGUUGUACACAGUAAAGCAAAAGUAUUGCUUCAAAUGUCCUCUGCGUAAAAUAUGUCGACUAGACUGUGUGCUGAUGAAUAUGUGAUUCUUUUGCCUUUAGACUAUGUCAAAUGUAUCUGAGGAUUAAAUGCAAUUCACAACAUA